GUGUGUGUGUGUGUGUCUGUCCUCCAGGCUGCUGACCAGGAUGGCCGCUGAGGAGCGGCACAUGACGUCCAGCUGUGGCUCCUACAUUAAGACUGAGCCCUCCAGUCCGUCGUCUCUGGUGGACACGGCGAGCCACCCCAGUCCCGGCGCGCACUCGGACGCUAGCGGCGGCUACGCCAGCGCCAUCAACAGCCACUCCAACGGCCUGGACUCUCCGCCCAUGUUCACGGCGGGCGGGCCGCUGGGCGCGGGGGGGAGCGCCUGCCGAAAGCGCUACGAGGACUGUUCUAGCUCGCUGCUCGACGACCCCGCCUCCAUCAAGUGCGAGUACAUGCUCAACUCCAUCCCUAAACGCCUGUGCCUGGUGUGCGGAGACAUCGCGUCCGGGUAUCACUACGGCGUGGCCUCCUGCGAAGCCUGCAAGGCCUUCUUCAAGAGAACAAUACAAGGUAACAUCGAGUACAGCUGUCCGGCCACCAAUGAGUGCGAGAUCACCAAGCGGAGACGCAAGUCGUGUCAGGCGUGCCGCUUCAUGAAGUGUCUGAAAGUGGGCAUGCUGAAGGAAGGUGUUCGGCUAGACCGCGUACGAGGAGGACGACAGAAAUACAAGAGGAGAAUGGAUGCAGAAAACACAGCUUACCUGGGGCUCACACUGCCACCGCCAGCCAAAAAACCACUGACGAAGAUCGUGUCUCAUCUGCUGGUGGCGGAGCCGGAGAAGAUCUACGCCAUGCCGGACCCGAGUCUCCCUGAGAGCGACAUCAAGGCCCUGACCACCCUGUGUGACCUGGCCGACCGCGAGCUCGUGGUCAUCAUCGGCUGGGCCAAACACAUCCCGGGUUUCUCCAGCCUGUCUCUCGGAGACCAGAUGAGUCUAUUGCAGAGCGCCUGGAUGGAGAUCCUGAUCCUCAGCAUCGUGUUCCGCUCGCUGCCCUACGAGGACGAGCUGGUGUACGCGGAGGACUACGUGAUGGACGAGGAGCACUCGCGGCUCACGGGUCUGCUGGACCUGUACCUGUCCAUCCUGCAGCUCGUGCGCAGGUACAAGAAGCUGAAGGUGGAGAAGGAGGAGUUCGUCACGCUCAAGGCCAUCGCACUCGCCAACUCAGACUCGAUGCACAUAGAGGACGUGGAGUCGGUGCAGAAGCUCCAGGACGCUCUUCAUGAAGCCCUGCAGGACUACGAGAGCUGCCAGCACACAGAGGACCCUCGGCGGGCCGGCAAGCUGCUCAUGACCCUGCCUCUGCUCCGGCAGACGGCCACCAAGGCCAUCCAGCACUUCUACAGCAUCAAGAUGCAGGGCAAGGUGCCCAUGCACAAACUCUUCCUGGAGAUGCUGGAGGCCAAGGUCUGAUUGGCUGAUGGGUGGUCACGUGACCUCAUCAGAGCGCGAGACUCGGUCCGAGGACACACACACACACACGUCGCCCGAGACCCGAGGCGUUUUUAAAGACGUGGAGAAGAAAAAAAAAAGCGUAAAUAUAAGUGGAAAAAAAUAAUUUAAAAAAUCUAUAACAAAUACUAUGUACUUGUACAGUAAUGCUCUUUUUUUGUUCAUGAUCUGUGGUUAUAAGCGAUGAUGAAGUCAUUUUCAGAGUGAAUAGUCUCACGUAGGUGGUCAUUUUCAUUCUCGCUUGACCCUCGGACGCGUGUCGCGGACACAUGCGUCACGGCUCGGGCACGACGCUAGGACACCUCGAGGACUUGUAAAUAUUCAUGAGCCACGGGAUGUCUGGACUCGACUCGCUGGUUCCUCCCUAAAUGUGAACUUUGCUGACGCCCUUGAAAAUACCUCUCCUGAAUCCUGGCCGUCCGCGAGCGUUUUUGGACAUUUGUGGCGCGUUUAUCCAAACGUCACGUAGCCGGGAUCUCACUCAUCUUACUCUGUAGUAACUCAGCAAUAAAUGGAGAGGACGAGGAGGAGCGCCCA